AUGAUAGACUCAAUUAAUAAACUGCUAGACCUAGGUGCUAUAUCUGUAUGCAAUAGAUCUAAAAACGAUUUUUGUUCAAGAAUAUUUUUAGCUCCUAAGCCAAAUGGGUCGAAAAGAUUUAUUUUAAACCUCAAAGCCUUAAAUAAAUUUAUUCAUACAACACAUUUUAAAAUGGAGGACCAUAGGACAGCAGCUAGAUUAGUACCUAGAUCAGGUUUUAUGGCAAAUAUAGACCUCACCGAGGCAUACUUAUUAGUUCCUAUCAUAAAAGCACACCGUAAAUACUUACGCUUUGAGUUUGACGGAAGUUGUUAUGAAUUUAACGCCAUGCCCUAUGGUUUAUCCGUAGCACCUAGGGUUUUUACAAAACUAAUGAAAGAAGUCAUGAGUUUUUUACGUAAGAUGGGCUAUAAAUCAGUAAUAUAUCUCGACGAUAUUCUUUGUAUCGGAAAUACAUAUGUAGAAUGCCAAGACAAUGUCAACAAAACCGUUUAUUGGCUUCAAUGUCUAGGGUUUGUUAUUAAUUAUAAUAAAAGUAACCUCAUACCUCGACAGGUCUGUAGGUUUUUAGGUUUCAUCUACAACACGGUAGAUAUGACUUUAAGUUUACCGGACGAAAAACGUCAAAGUAUUAUGCGGUUAGUUGAAAAAUUUAUCACACUGCCCAAAUGUUCAAUCAGAGAACUAUCACAGUUUAUUGGAGUUCUCACUGCGGCUUGUCCGGCAGUGAAAUACGGUUGGUUAUAUACAAAAAUCCUUGAACGCCAAAAGUAUUUAGCCUUAAAACAGUUUGAAAAUUUUGAAGUUAAAAUUAGACUAACUGACGUUAUUUUACCUGACUUAUAUUGGUGGAGAGAGAACAUAACAUCAACUUCUAACCUUUUGAGAUCUGACAAUAAUUUUGAGUUAGAAAUAUUUACGGACGCUUCAAAAAUCGGUUGGGGCGCUUUUUGCAACGGAAAACGUGUGAAUGGGGGGUGGAAAGUUGAUGAAUCUUCUUUCCACAUUAAUAGGUUAGAAUUGUUGGCCGCCUUUCUGGGACUGAAAUGCUUUGCUAGCACACGGUAUAAUUGCUCGAUAUUGUUACGUGUUGACAAUACAACAGCCUUAUGCUAUAUAAAUCGCAUGGGGGGUAUUCGGUUUCCUCAUUUAAAUGAUUUAGCGAAACAAAUUUGGCAAUGGUGCGAGAUGCGACAGAUUUCAUUGUUUGCGUCAUAUAUUAAUACACAUGCAAAUAUAGAAGCUGAUCAGGAAUCACGUAAAACUAAUUGGGAUAUAGAGUGGGAACUAUCACAGUGGGCAUUCCAAAGAAUAGUUAAAUCUUUAGGGGAACCACAAAUUGACCUAUUUGCAUCUCGAACUAAUGCCAAAUGCAGCCUUUACGUUUCGUGGAAACCUGACCCCGACGCAACGUAUAUCGACGCCUUCACAAUUAGCUGGCAGUCUGUCUUCUUUUAUGCAUUUCCGCCGUUUGCCCUAAUUCUUAAAUGCCUGAGAAAAAUAAUUACGGAUAAAGCUACGGGCAUUCUAGUCUUCCCGUAUUGGCCCGGGCAGGCUUGGUUUCCACUUCUCAAAAAAAUGCUUAUUUCAGAUAUUGUUAUUUUUGAACCUACAUGGGAUAUUUUACGUUCAAAUUACAGAUCGUGUCAUCGACUUCACCGCAGCCUUUCCCUGGGGGCCGCGACACUCUCAGGGAAGCAUUCAGUAGACUAGGUACCCCAGAGAUAGCACUCGAUUUAAUGCUGGCAUCCAUUUCGGACAAUACGAUGAAGCAAUAUUCAGUCACCUAUAAAUUGUGGUGGUCGUUUUGCUUAGAAAACUCUAUAAAGACUUUUGACGCUCCAUUAUCGGCAGUAAUAACGUUUCUUGUUAACCUUUUCAACAAGGGUGCUUCCUAUGGUACCCUUAACAGUCAUCGAUCUGCCCUUUCGUUACUUCUAGGAAAUAAUAUCGGGUCAGACGAACGCGUAAAACGAUUAUUAAAAGCUUUUUAUAGACAAAAACCAUCCCAUCCGAAAUACACCACGACAUGGGAUCCAAAAACCGUACUCGACCAUGUUUCUACAUGGUACCCGAAUAGCGAUCUAGGUUUGUUCGAAAUUACUAAAAAAUUAGCUAUUUUGUUAGCUUUGUGUACUUCUCACCGAGUACAAACAUUAUCUUUAAUUAAGAUCACCAACAUUAACAAGACCGUCUCAGGUAUAAAAAUCUUAAUACCCGACAUUAUAAAGACCUCGGCAGCUAACCGUGAGCAGCCCGUGCUUUUUUUACCCUAUUUCGUUAACAACCCAAGCAUAUGCCCGGCAAAUACCCUAGAAGAUUAUCUUCAGGCAACAUCAAAGUUACGACCAGAGGGUACUACUAAUUUGUUCUUAAGCUAUAAGAAACCUUUUAAGAUGGUAACCUCGCAAACAAUAAGUAGGUGGAUAAAACAGACUCUGGCGGAGAGCGG